AAUUCUACUAAUAUAAGCUGAUAUUACUAGUACAUAAACAAGAGAGAAAGAAGCAAAGAAACUAGUAAUAAAACUCUCCAGCUCAAGAGAAAGAAGAAGAAGAGCUAAAAAGAAAUUCAACAAAAAUGCCAAUUAGUAGAAUUGCAAUUGGUUCACCGGGAGAGGCAAGCCAUCCCGAUGCCAUUAAAGCUGCAUUUGCAGAGUUUUUCUCUAUGGUUAUUUUUGUUUUUGCUGGAGAAGGCUCUGGCAUGGCUUUCAACAAGCUUACUGGUGAUGGACCAACCACACCAUCUGGCCUUGUAGCUGCUGCAUUGGCUCAUGCAUUCGCACUUUUUGUGGCGGUUUCGGUUGGUGCAAACAUUUCUGGAGGGCACGUAAAUCCGGCUGUGACAUUUGGUGCUUUUAUUGGAGGCAACAUUUCUUUGUUGAGGAGCAUUUUGUAUUGGAUUGCACAGUUGCUUGGUUCAGUUGUGGCUUGCUUGCUUCUCAAGUUUGCCACUGGUGGACUGGAAACAUCAGCAUUCUCCCUAUCAUCUGGAGUGUCUGUAUGGAAUGCUGUAGUUUUUGAGAUUGUGAUGACCUUUGGCCUUGUCUAUACAGUCUAUGCCACAGCAGUGGAUCCAAAGAAGGGGAACAUAGGCAUAGUUGCACCACUUGCAAUUGGUCUCAUUGUGGGGGCUAAUAUAUUAGUUGGUGGUGCCUUUGAUGGUGCAUCCAUGAACCCAGCAGUCUCCUUUGGUCCUGCUGUGGUUAGCUGGUCAUGGACUAACCACUGGGUCUACUGGCUAGGCCCAAUGGUUGGUGCUGCCAUUGCAGCCAUUGUCUAUGACACCAUCUUUAUUGGGCAGAGUACACAUGAGCCACUUCCCACCAAUGAUUUUUAGAAAUGUUGUAUCUUCUUAAGAUUUAAACCUCUCCUUCCAUGUUAUGGAGAGAAGAAUAAUGGGGAAAAAAAAGUGAUUAUUCUUGUAAUGGGCUGGGGAGUGUACUUUGGAUUUCAUGUACUCUUGUUAUAGGUUUUGGUGGUGUUGUUUCAUCUAUGUUUUAGGAAUGAAUGAGCUUCUUGGA